UAGAAAAAAAUGAACAAAGAUGCACAAAUGAGAGCAACUAUUAACCAAAAGCUAAUUGAAACAGGAGAACGAGAGCGCCUUAAAGAAUUACUGAGAUCCAAAUUAAAUGAAUGUGGUUGGAAAGACCAGUUGAAGGCACACUGUAAAGAGGUCAUCAAGGAGAAGGGAUUAGAACAUGUCACAGUUGAUGAUUUGGUGGCAGAAAUCACUCCAAAAGGCAGAGCCUUGGUGCCUGACAGUGUAAAGAAAGAGCUACAAAGAAUAAGAUCCUUCCUUGCCCAGCAUGUCAGCCUUUGAUUCUUCUGUUUGAGUCGUACCAUAUUCAAUAGAAAGAAUUAUGCCAGAAACUGGAAGACAUCUUUUCCAUACUUUGGGGUUGAAGUUCACUUUUUUAAAUGUUUAGUUACUGAAAGCAUAUUUUUAUUACAUUGAGUUCUUAAUCUUGGUAUUUUAAUUAAAAAAUAACCAGAAUUAGCCUUUGGGAUGUAUUUUGGAAAGAAAUCACAUGUCUUGCUAUUAAAAGGAUGUUGUGCGUCUUUUUUUUUCUUUUUUCUUUUUUAAAGAGAGAGAGAUAUCCAAGAAAAGCUAGAGAAGAAUCCUGCCUGAUUGUGACUAUAGAAUUAUUGCAAUUUGAUUCUUCUUUAACUGCCACGGUUUAGUGCUAUGGAAUCAUCAGAGUUGUAGUUUGGUGAGGUGCCAACUCUAUUCGGCAAAGAAGACUGACAACUUUGUAAAAGUACACCUGUGAUUCCAUAGCACUGCGCUGUGGCAGCUAAAAGUGCUGUCAGACCGUACCUCUGGAGAUCUAUCAAUCAUAGUAAUACUGGGCUACACAGAACAAUUAUUAUCAUCAUUAUGUUUAUUUAUAUCCCGCUUUUUCUCUCCACAAGGAGGCUCAAAGCAGUUUACAUUAAAAGCAUUUCAAUACAAUUUAAAAUAUACAAAUACACAAAUAUUAGAACAGAAUUAAAUAUCAUUAGUAUUAGAAACAUUUCAGUUAAAAUCCACAAAAACAUAUUCAAAACUAAAAACCAUAAUGUUUUCACUCAGAAUAAGACAGCUUUCUGUGUUGUAGUUAUGUGCCUUCAGGGCAACUCUGACUUAAAGUUUUUGUUGCUGGUUGUUUAUUUGUUUUGGUUUGUUUUGGGUUUUGUUUUUUGUUUUUUGCAAAAUUUAUUCAGAGAAGGCUUGCCAUUCCUCUGAGUUCCCAAGGUCACCUGGUGAGUUUUCAUGGUGGAGCAUGGAUUCGAACCUUUUUCUGCCAGAGUCCUAAUCCAACAUUGAGAUUGAUGGAAAGAGAACCUCUGCACACUGUGUGUUUAA